GGUGGGGGGUCCUGGAAGCGCGGCAUUCCCCACCCCCACCCCGCCUUGGAGUCCUUUGGCUGGUUGCUCAGGGUGCGGAGAGCCGGCCGGGGAGCGGUAAUGGAGAAGGGACGACUUGAAAGUGCAGACAUGGUCUCGUGCUUCGCGGCAUCCCACUUUAGAUUCCCCGUACAGUGCAGAUGCCUCAAGUGUGGUCCGGGAACGCAUGGAAGGCGGGGGUGGAGCUAAGUGAGAGUCGACUUGGAGUCGCGCUGAAAAUGUAGCGAAAAGUAGUCCGCACAGCACAGAUGCCCCUUGGCCACCUUCAGACGGAUCUGCAUGUGGAUUUCCAGUAUCUCCAAGGCGGGUAGAGGGAUUCAUUCCAUUGGUGGUGGUCAUGUUGGCUGAGAUAAGAGAUGCAAAGUAGAUGAAAGAGUGUUACGCUUUGAUGUGCAGGAGCAGCAUGGCCUUAUUCUGUCACAUGUUGGCUAUAGCUUUGGUUCACAUCUUCAUAACUUCAGCCCCCUGGAUCUUGGCCAAGAACAUCAACUUCUAUAACGUGAGACUGCCAGUAGAUCCUACUCCGUUCCCAAGCAGCUUCAAGUGUUUUACUUGUGAUAGUGUUGUGGACAAUUACAACUGCAACAGAUGGGCUGAAGACAAAUGGUGUCCUCAGAACACACAGUAUUGUUUGACUGUCCAUCAUUUCAUCAGCCAUGGAAGGAGCACCUCUGUCACCAAAAAAUGCGCUACGAGAGAAGAAUGCCGUUUUGUUGGUUGUCACCAUCACAGGGAAACUGGUCAUAUGGAAUGUGUCUCCUGCUGUGAAGGGAUGAUCUGCAAUGUAGACCUGCCAACGAACCACACAAAUGCUGUAUUCGCAGUUGUGCAUGCACGGAAGACAUCAAGCAGCGGCGGGAAGUCUGUUAGUAUGCUGUUGCUGGUCUCAGUCAUCACAACUUACCUGUUGUAAUGACUUUUCUGAUCAGCUGCAAAUAAUCCGAAGCUGUAUGAAGACUGGUUCAGAUAGUGAGGAAGAAGAGACUCCUUUCGAUACAUGGGAGAAAAUUGUGUAAUGGUGCUGUGUGUUGAUGAAGACUUCUGGCCAUUUAGCGAAAACACUUGCAAAACUUUGCGAAAAGCACUCAGAAGAAUUCUCCCCUUGGUGAUGAAAAGAGUAUGUGUAUUUUGCACAGUAUGGUAACUAGGAAUUGUUAGAAAAUUCUCAAGCAUGAAACAAAUGGUUCCCAUUUCCUGUUUCUUCUGAGUCAGAGGAAAAGAACUUGAGUCCUCUUUAUCUUCCAUUCUAGUGUUAUGAUUCCUCCCAAUCUUGGUUUUAAGUGUAAACAAUCAGUCUGAUGAUAGCACUGUAAAUAGAUGAAACAAGAUGGUACAGCAUUCAACCCGCCAUUUUAUUGGGAUUACCAUAAAUCAAUCAAAGUGUUAAUUACAUUAUUAUUUAUUUUGCUACACCAUUGCUGUGACAGAGAUUGAUGAAAAUUCAUGAUCAUGAAAAUUCAUGAUCUUUGAUUGGCACAAGUAAAGGAGUCUGACUGCUGUAAACAUUAUUAGAUAAAGUAAAAAAAAAAAGGAGUUAGAUUCCAGAAACUUAUGUAUCAGGGACAGAUGACAGGAGAUGUGUGAAUUAAUCUACCACAUCUUCUUGGACGUUUUUUGAGUUUCAGAGCUCUGUGGGGUCCUAGUGACUGCCUUCCCCUACUUUUCUGAUUCUCUCCUUCCCAUUCCUGUCACAGGAAACAAAACUUUACUAAAAGGUAAGUCUUGCUAAUAGCCAUUGGGGGCAAUAUAAAUGCUCUGUUUUUCAAAGGUCUGUGUUUAACAGUGCAGCCAAUAAUGGUUUUGACAGAUGCGGUGCUUAAAUAAGGUUCUCCAAUGCAAAAAGAAAUUCUGAACUAUUUUCAAAAGCAGAAACAUGCUACUGUAACUUCUGCGGCAGAAUACAGACUGCACUGUCUUCUUUCCCUGAGAUAGAGUAUACAUUUGUACAUUUAUUGUCCCUAUAAUAAGCACUGUAUUUGUUUCGCUCAAAAGAAUUGCAUGUUAUUCUACUUGAGGGAUUCAUCCAGCCAGCUUUUUCACUUGAUCUUAUCCAGUUCCCCUUCCUACUAUGGUUACUGUCCCACAGGACUUUGUUUCAUGGUACAAAGGGCCAUCAAAACACACAGAAAAGUUAUGGUUUCCCCAAAGGGUUUUCAAGGCAAGAAAUGGAAAGAUUGGGUUUGCCAUUAUCUGCCCCUGGACUUUCUUGGUGGUCUCCAUCCAAGUGCUAACCUGGGGUGAUCCAGCUUAGUUUCUGAGAUCUGGUCAGAUUUGGGUAGCCUGGACCAUUUUUUCAGCUACUAUUGGUUUUUCCAAAGUUUUAUUGCUAUCAUAUGUACAACAAGGCUGGUAUAGAGAUCUGUUUAAAAAGAGACAAAACUAUAUGCCAAGGUAACGCAAAAUUCCUGAUUCAUAUUUUCUGCAAAUAUGCUUUCAUAAUAUGCUGACUUUGUUGAGAUACUGGUCCAUUUCAAACAUUUAUAAUCCGUUUUAGCAGCUGGCUAAUGGAUGUUUUGUAUAAUUUCAGACAUAACAGUUUUGGCUCCUGGCUGCUAAUGGAAUAUUUUUGUCUUUGGAGAUGGAGCCAGUUUGUCAGUUCAAACAUCAUGCCAAAGUGUAGUUACCAGAAACCAUGAGCGGUCAUUGAGAAUAUCAGUUGCAAACCACAGUUAAGAUUUCUUAACCUUUAGUUUUCCAUUUUUGCAUUGUCCUAGUGUAUAUAAAGAAGGCAUUUUUUUCUGAUAGGACAAAGACCCACAAUCAAGCAACUCUUGGGUCUUUCCAUCUGCACAACUUAGCAAGCAACCCAGAGACAGACUGGCCAUUAGGAGUAAUUCCUAGUGGGCCACUGCUGUAGAGUACUGUAGACAUCCAAGAACAAGUAAAUCCAAGUCCCAGUAGCCUUGCCUGUUCUGUGCGGAACAGUCAGUUUGUGUGUGCACCGAACCAUCUGAGGUCCAUUGGCUGCAUGCUACUUAGGCAAACCCUAAAAGCAGUUUAAUGCAUGGGGGUUUUGUAACUCAGGAAAGGUGUACUAUGUUAUUAUAUCAGAAUAAGUUAUUGAAAAUAUUAUGGAGUGUGAACAAAGAGAAACUCAGGGGCAUGUAAGUCAUUCAUUAUUUCUGUACAAUUGUUCCUGGUAAAUAUUUUGUAAUGGUUGAUGAUUGUUUCUUCUUUGUGGGACAAAAGCAAAUUAUUCAGCAAUUGUGUAAGUUUUAAUUGUUUUUAACGCCUAUCGAAUAUCUACUGGCCCAGAAUAGUUUGGAAGGUUAAAAUUUGGAUUUAGAAACCUGAAGUUAAAAUCCCUGCUCAUCAGUAAAACUGUAGCAAAAAUCAGUCUUAGCCUCCAUUCUCUCUAAAAUGGGACUAAUACUUAUCUACCUUGCAGGGAUAUUGUGAAGAUAAGAAACUAAAGCAUCUAGGGUGUAAUUUGGUCUCUGUCCACUUCGUCCUCCUUAUGUCUGGAGAGCUGUGAGCAUUUCCACACCUACUUCUAUCCACUCACUUAUGCACAUGUUCAAGGGAAGGGCUGGUCCAUCCCCCUACUGUAUUUUAUGUACUGUAUAAAUGUACUGUAUUUUAAAUAACAGAAUAUUUUGAUGGGGAAGGAUUAUGUCUAGAGAAAAUGGUUGUCUAGUCAACAGAAUAUUGGGGUUUUUUUUCCCAAUAAGGUGGUAGUGUGGCUUUCACACAUAGUAACAUCUGUAUUUAAAGCGCAGAACUUGUUUUAUUUCUUGCUUUGUUAUUCUGCCAGAGGUUGUGGGUGUCUUUAAAAAUUCUUCUUUUCAACCAAGAUUAACCAUCCUUGGCUUCUGCCCAAGGGUGAGUCUUAUUGAACUGUAAUUUAAAGCAUGCGAGAGUGAGAAAAUCAGCCUUGUGAGCAUUCUUUUUCAUAUAAAUUCUCAUUUUUAUAGCAGUUUGCCUUUUUAACUUUUUUAAAAAUUACCUUUUAAAAAAAAGAUGAUUUCUGGCAUUAAAGGAUUUAUUGUAAAUCAUAA